AUGGCGUCAAAAUCAGUCACAAAGGAGAAGAAAGUAACAUCUUCUUCGGUACCAACGCGUAAACCUGCAACUUCAACAACAACAAACGUGCAACCAAAGAAAACCGCAAGUGCUCUCUCUACAAAGAAAACAACCUCAUUAGCCUCAACUGAUACUAAAAAGGUCCGAUCACCUGACUCCUCUGUACAAACCGUCAAAAAACAACAAUCAUUUCCGUCUCGGACCCCUGCAGCUAACAAGGUACGGAGUCCUUCUCCUAGUACUAAAGAUAGACUACGUAGCCCAUCCCCAAGUACUAAAGAAAGACUCCGUAGCCCUUCUCCGAGUACUAAAGAUAGAAUACGCGGUUCUACUCCAAAUAUAAAAGAAAGAAACAUAAAACCAUCAUCAUCAUCGUUAUCGAUAAAAACAACCCAAUUAGCCAAAUCAAAAGAUAGUGUGAAAUCUCCCCCUCUUCCUAAGUCAAUAAAUAAGAAAAGUCCGACGACUACUAGUAUUGGAAUUACUAAGAAGCUAGCUAGGCAACCCACAAAGCUUGCUCCAAAAUCAAAGUCAAGUCAAGUUGAUAGUCCAAAACAGAAAGAUGAUCCAGCAGAUGAUAUGGCGGUUCAAGAGCAAGACAAUGAAAAGAUACAACACGGAGAUGAUAGUGAAGUUGAAGAUGGUGGAGAAACUGCACAUUCUGAGCAAUCCCCUAUGGCUCUAGAUAAAGAUCAUGAUGUUCCACUAUCACGAAAUGGAUCAGAAGUCGGUUCUCCAACUAUUGAAAAUGUUGAUGAACACGAAAACGAGAAUCUUCAAUAUCAAUCAGAACUAGAAUCGGAAAAUGAAAUAGAGCAAAAGACUGAACUUGAGAAUAAUCAAGAGCAAGAAGAGGAGUUAGAAUCAGAGCUGAAAUCUGAGGCAGAGGAUAAGCCCGAGCCAAAAAUUGAGCAAGAAUCGGAGUUGAAACCCGAAGUAGAGGAUAUACAUGAGCAAGUAGUUGAGCAUGAAUUAGAGUCAGAACAUGAAAUGGAAAAUGACCCUGAACCCAUAUCAGAGCAAGAAAUAGAGCCUGUAUUGGAGCCAAACCCCAAGGAGGAACACAGGCCUGAGCCAAUAUUGGAGCAACAAUCCGACCCAAAACCCCAGCAUAAGCCGGAGCCAGAGUUAAACGCAAAUCCAGAAGCGGAUAUAAACCCAGAGCCAGAAGCAGAGUCAAAUUUGGAGGCAGAAUUAGAGACGAAUCCCGAAAUGAAGAAUAAGCCAGAGCUAAUAUCAGAGUCGGAGUUAAAGCCAACCCCCGAAGUGGAGCAUAAACAAGAACAAAAACCUGAGGCCGACAUGAAACAUCAUAAGCCACAACCUAUAUUGGAUCCAGAACGAAAAUUAGAGCCCGAACCAAACCCAAUACCCGAGCCGAAACAAAAGCCCAAGAUUGCUCUUAUAGCUAGUCGGUUUAUGGAACCUAAAGUAGCCCAAGAAAAACCUCCAGAACCAAAAAGGAAAGAAGAAACAACAGUGGAAAAGAAAAAGGUAAUACAAGAAAGUGAAAAAGUGAAAGAAGAGGAGAACGUGACAUUAGAAGAAAAGAAAAAACAAGUGGGCGAAGAAAAUGGUGGAAAGGUAGCAGAUAAUGGCGGAGAAACGACACCGAAAACGGCGGUCAGCGUGGUGGCAUCGAAGAGUCAAGUUGGGGUGGGUUUGGAGAAGAAAGAUAAUACAGCUUAUAAUAAUGUGAUAGAAGAAACAGUGAGUAAGUUACGUGAAAAAAGGAAAAAUAAAGUGAGUGCAUUAGUUGGUGCUUUUGAAACUGUAAUUUCUUUGGAGUCUGAUUAA